CAAAAUUGUUUCUUAGUGUUUGGUAUUUUAAUUGCGACUCUAACUGCGAAGGUCACAAGAAUAUUAAAGCUGUCAUGACCAGAACAAGAUCAGAGUCACGACUUUUACCGGUCAUUAUCCUAAUAAUUGGACUGAUAUUUGGAGGAGGUGUUGCUGCCGUUUGUCCUAUACAAUGCCAGUGCACCGAGCAUUCUGCGGACUGUUCCCGUAGAGGACUAAGCGAAUAUCCCAGUUUUAAUAAUGCGAACAUUUCUGAUUUGGACUUGUCGGGCAAUAACUUCACGAAGUUUCCCAGCCAAUACUCUAAUCUAAUGAAACUUAACAGUCUGGACUUGUCUGACAAUUUUAUUAAUAAACUUGACGUCGAUGCCCUUAAAGGUUUUAAAUCACUAAGGACUUUGAACUUGGCCAAAAAUUUGAUAACAAGCUGGACAGAUAUCAAUGCAAACGUGUCAUUUAUAUAUGCACCAAAACUGUAUACUCUUAACCUAAGUGGUAAUAGUUUAGGAAGCCUUGGCUUUAGUGAAGGUCUAAUUAGCGAAACACUUGGCAAUUUGGAUAUUUCGUCGGCUAACAUCAGAACAGUUGACAUAAAUCUGAGAACUCAGCUGCCAAAACUCAGAGCUUUAACAAUGGUCAAUAAUAAUUUGUCGCAAUUGAUACAAUUUCCCCAAAUUUCGUAUUUAAGAAGCCUUGAUCUUAGUAAUUGUAGCCUAAAACAAUUUAAUUUGUCCUACAUAUAUAUUUUGAAUAGAUUAGAUCUAUCACAUAACCCGGCACUUAACUUCAGUGGAAUGGAUUUAAGGGAUCUGAUAAUUCUAGACCUAUCCUAUUGUAAUCUCAGUAAGAUAGAUCUCAGUAACUUCGCGAGUGUCCUUCGACUGAGUUUGCGAGGCAACGUUUUCGAAUCCAUUAAUUCAAUCACCUUGGCUAAUAAUUCAAAAUUAAGGAACUUGGAUCUAUCUGAAAAUAAUCUAACUGGCAUAGAAAAGUAUAGCUUCAAUUGGCUUGAGGAACUGAAUCUAUCUAAAAAUAAGAUUAACCAAUUGAAUGAAAACAUAAUAAAUGGCAUUAAUUUCCUAAGAACCUUAGACUUAAGUCACAACAAUAUUCAGAAGCUGACGGGCAUCGAGUCAUUUGGGUUAGAAACCAUUAACCUGAGUUAUUGUAAUAUAACCACAAUUGAUAGAAAAGCCUUGUCAGGACUGGGGCAUAUCCGGGAAAUAGAUCUUUCUCAUAAUUUGAUUAGUGAAAUUCCUGAUCAAAUGGAAUCUACAUUUUUGACGAAACUGGAUUUGUCCAACUGCGAGCUUUCCACCAUAGGUGACAAGAGUUUUCAGGGAUUUCCCGAAUUAAUGAAUUUAAAUUUGAAUGGCAAUCGGUUGUCGAAUCCAGUUAACUGUUCCUCUUUUCGACACAACAAUUAUUUGGAACAAAUCGAGCUGGGCGAUAAUUUAUGGAAUUGCACUUGCCAAUAUCCAUUAUUCCUAAAAUUCCAUAAAUUACUCACGUCUAAUCAAUUAAAAAUAAUGGAUCAGAAUGAUAUCAGCUGCAAUUCACCAAUCUGCAUUAAUGAGGAAAAAUCAAAUGUCUGGACAAUAAUACUGCUCACCACCUUGGGCAACUCUCUUCUGGUCCUUUUCUUUUGGUAUUGCCUGAAAAUAAUACGUAAGCGAAUGCAGCGUGUUUAUCGUAGAGACUUCUUAGUAAAUUACAAUGAACUGAAUCCAAUGGAUCCAAGUAAUUAAAUUCUGCUGGAAACAUCGUCAACAACUCUGCUGUAAGCCAAAGACGCAAGAACUUCAGUCAAGGAAUGACACAACUCUUCCUUUCAAAUGAGUUAACAUAAUAACCCAUAUUGUUUUUUUUCAUACCGAUCCCAAGAAAAAGAACCAACAAACACUUUCUACGCUGCCAUUUAUUUUUACUUAUUAUUAUAUCU